GUAACGAGUAAGGAAAGUCGGGAAUCUCAGAGCCAGCCGUUUUCUGUCCAUUUUCCGGGUAUGGGGGACAUGAAGACCCCAGAUUUCGACGACCUGUUGGCUGCGUUUGACAUUCCUGACAUCGAUGCCAAAGAAGCCAUACAGUCUGCCCCAGAGGAUGUGGAGGGUCACCACGGCGGGGCUGGGGGCACCCUGGGGAAGCCAGCUGACGGCGGGGCGGCAGUGGGCGGGGGCCCAUCUCUCAGACCCCCGAGCCCUCCAGACCCGCAGACCCUGCCCCUCUCUUCCCAGAGUGACCCCUCCAUCGUCAGUGUGAUCGUGAAGAACCGAGUGCGCCCGGAGGCGGAGACGGAGGCCGACAAGGACGGAGCAAACUGCGGGGUGGGGGCCGGUGUAGCCGGCGGGGGAGGCGGGGUCCUCAUGGCCUCCCGCCUAGGCCCCAGACUGCCAGGAUUGGUCACGGCGGAGCCGCUCAACCAAUCGAUCAACGGCUUCGGAGCUACUGCCGCCUCCGUCGAUCCGGCGCUGCGCCAGAGCCAGGCUCCGUCCAACGGGGAACUGUGGCCGCCAUGCUCCCCGAAAACCGCCAUGGAGGGGGGAGGGGGCGCCGUGGGGUCGGCCAAACCCGGCAAACAGUGCGGGAACCUCUUCAACAGACUCAAGCCCCUGAUGGCGCAGACUCCAGGGGACCCCUUGGGGAAAGCCCGCAAAAUGCUUCUGCAGCAGCACCAGAGCGCGCCAGACAGGAUCGACGAAGCCAAAGCUCCCAGCUCGGCUUUUGCCCACUCGUCCUCCGCUGUUGCUUCCUCUAUCAUUCCUGGAGUGUCGGUCGGGAUACCAUCCCCGUUCUUCCCCCCUUCCAAGCCCGUGCUCCCCCCGUCCUCCACCCCCCCGUCCUCUCUCAGUCCCCACCUCUCACACCCCGGGACACUCUCCUCACCCCCUUUGCCCGCCUCUCAGCCAUUUAACGGCACCCAGAGGGUGGGGGCUGCAGGAUCCGUGGGGUUCCGUCGCCUAGAUUCGGAGGACGAGGACUCCGAGCCGGACCUUGGGAGUCCUUUGGUUAUCCAGGAGAGCCCCGACUCGCCCGUGUGCAUCCCUCCCAAACUUCCCCACCGUCAUCGGUCGCCCUCAGAAGUCUUCAGCUCUCCUGUGCCUCAGCCCACUCCCCCAGCAGCUGGUUACAGCAAGCCAGGGGAAACCAUCACUAGCCCCGUUUCACCCUCGCCGCCCUCCUCCCCCCGUGCCCCCCAGGGCUGGCUCCCCUCCCCUCCCACUGCCCCCGGUGUGAGCCCCACACCUGAGGAGCGUAACCCGGAGCACGUCAUCGAGGAGCGGGACUCACCCGAGAGCCCGGAGCCAGAAACUCCAAACUGUGCGGUGUCCACCACCUCCAUGCCCACCGCCUCUAAAAGAAGCUCCAGUCCUGCCGUGUCAUCUGCCAUAAUGCCCUCUGCUCUCCACAAGGUUAAACAGGAGAAACAGGAGAAACAGGAGGUAGAGGAGGAGGAGGAGGAGGAGGAGGAGGAGGAAAUGGAGGAGGAUGCUGUUGGGGGUAAGCUGUCUGCCCUGGGUGCCGUCUCCUCAGCUGACACGGGCACCGCAGCUUCCCGGCCUCUCAAAGUCAGGAUCAAGACCAUCAAAACCCCCACCGGAAAUAUCACCAGGACGGUGACACGGGUGGCAGCCAAAGGGGCGGGGUCUGCCACAGGCAAAGGUUCUGACUCUGCAAAAGCUCAGGCGGGGAGCCGUAAGGUGGCCAGCAGGCCCAGGAGGGUGGACACCUCGUCCGGGCGGGCGCCCGGCUCCCAGCAGCAGACCGUCAAAAGCGCUAUCCUGCCCGUAUCCACCCUGCAGGAUGCCAGCAGCGCCAUGCUCGCGGCUGCCAGCAAGGCCCAGAACAAGAUGGCGGCCGCCUCGUCCGAGAAGGCCAAGGUGUCCGCCACGGCCGUCAGCAUCACGAAAACCGCUGCCCUGCCGUCCGUCAACACCUCCUCCUCCCUCAAAUUCGCCACGGGUGUCAACGCGCGUCCGACGGGGCAGAAGGCGGCGAACGGGGGCGCGGUCCUUGGCCAGCAGGUCUCCAAGCCAGCCUCCAUCGUGAACAGCACGGGCGCGGUCAUCUCCCGCAGCCAGUCCAGCCUGGUGGAGGCCUUCAACAAGAUCCUCAACAGCAAGAACCUGCUGCCCAGCUAUCGGCCUGACCUCUCCACUCCCCCGCCGGCCGAGUGGAGCCUCCCGCUGCCCGCCAACGGCUACCGCUGCCUGGAGUGCGGGGACGCCUUCGCCCUGGAGCGCAGCCUGGCCCGCCACUACGACCGGCGCUCGCUGCGCAUCGAGGUCACCUGCAACCACUGCGCCAAGCGGCUGGCCUUCUUCAACAAGUGCAGCCUGCUGCUGCACGCCCGCGAGCACAAGGAGCGCGGCCUGGUCAUGCAGUGCUCCCACCUCGUCAUGCGGCCCGUCUCCAUCGAGCAGAUGAUUGGCCAGCAGGACGCCACGCCCAUCGGCAUGCUGUCCCCCUCCCUUCCCUCUCCUUCUAUUUCGUCGCCCUCCGCCACACCCUUAGCGACAGUGGCCCCUGUUACUUCCAGCCCAGCCAAGGAGGGCUCCCCGGCCCAGCCAAGCCCGGCCCGAAAGGCUCCCGAAAGCCCCCAGGCGGUGCUGCCCCUGCCCUGCAAGAAAGGGGAGGUGCUGCAGUACCAUAACUUCAAGUGUCCCGAGUGCUACGCCCAGUUUGGGGGCAAGGCGGAGCUGGUGGCACACUUCCAGGAGAUCAAAGCUGCUUCCAACACUACCUGCAUGCUGUGCUCUCCGCCCAUGAUGCUGCCCAACUCCUGCAGCACGGCCGCGCACCAGCGCAUCCACAAGCACCGCUCGCCCCACGUGUGCCCCGAGUGCGGCGGCAUCGCCCGCCAGGCCCACUUCCAGACCCACCUGGACGAGGCCUGCCUGCACUUCGCCCGCCGCAUCGGCUACAGGUGUUCCAGUUGCCAGGUGGUUUUCGGUGGUCUGAACUCCAUCAAGUCGCACAUCCAGACAGCUCACUGCGAGGUCUUCCACAAGUGCCCUAGCUGUCCCAUGGCCUUCAAAUCUGCCCCCAGUGCCCAGGGCCACAUCAGCACCCAGCACCCCAACCUCAGCGCCCCACAGGCCAAGAUGAUCUACAAGUGUGUGAUGUGUGACACGGUUUUUACCCAGAAGCCCCUGCUCUAUAUCCAUUUUGACACUCACCUGGCUAAACAGAAGGUGCACGUCUUCAAGUGUCCUGACUGCACCAAACUCUACGCGCAGAAAAGUUCCAUGAUGGAGCACAUCAAGACGGCUCACAGGGGGCUGUCAGUCAAACAGGAGGCCCCCGCCUCUAGCCCCGCCCCCCACGGGGCUCCCCCGUCCUCCCUGCCGAAAUCCAAGUCCUCUGCCAAGGCCGAGAGCUCCGACGGUGAGGACUGGGGCGGGGAGCAGGAGGAGGACGAGGAGGAGGACGGGGAAGACGGGGACGGGGAGGCGGGAGAGGACGACCCCGACGAGGCGGCCAGCUCGCCGGAGUCGGGGCUGACCGGCUUGCAGCAGGAAGUCCCCUCAGAGUGGAGCUGCCGACAGUGUCACGCGCGCUUCGCUGAGAGGGACGGCUACAUCUCCCACAUGAGGAAGGAGCACGGCAAGUCGGUGAAGAAGUUCCCGUGCCGCCUGUGCGAGCGCUCCUUCUGCUCCGCCCCCAGCCUGCGCCGCCACGUGCGGGUCAACCACGAGGGCAUCAAGAGGGUGUUCCACUGCCCGUACUGCACCGAAGGAAAGCGCAACUUCAGCAGCCGGCUUAUCCUGGAGAAGCACGUGCGGGUGCGGCACGGGGUCCACCCCCGAGACCUGGGAGCGCGGCAAGCCCGAGACGGCCAGAACCCAGCGCAGUCACGAAAGCGCGUGGCCCCGGGGCGGCUCCUGGAGGAGGGGGUCGGCAGCUCCUCUGAGGUGGAGGGCAACGGCGGGAUGAGCGGCCCAGGGGGCGGAGCCAUGGAAGAGGAAGAGGAGGGCGUGGCAGGGAGCGGGGAGGCCGAGGAGGGCUGCGAUGGGGGCAGCCCGGCAAAGAGGCCGCGGCCGUCGGCGCCGCCGCCCGAGGACACGGCCUUCCGCUGCGCACCCUGCGGCUUCUCCACCGAGGACCGGCAGGAGUUCCUGCAGCACAUCCCGCAGCACCGUGCCGACGCCAGCGUCCUGCAGUGCAACCACUGCGGCGCCUGCUUCACCUCCGCCAGCUCGCUCAGCCGCCACCGCUUCAUCACCCACCGCGUGCGCGACGCCCCCGACCCCGCCCCUGGCUCCGCGCCCGACCCCGCCCCCACCCCCGCCCCCGCCGACGUCGCCCCGCCUUCCGCCUCCUCGCCGGACUCCCCCUCACCCCCGCAGCUGGGCGAGGAUGCCGAGGGCCGCGUGGGCUGCAGGGUGUGCGGCCGGCGCUUCGAAAAGGUCUCCGACCUCAACACGCACUUCCGGACUCACGGCAUGGCCUUCAUCACCGCCCACAAGACAGACAGGCCCGUGUAGACCGAGAGAGAAGGUCCUUCACUUUCAGCUGGUAAUCAACUGCCGGAAGGGGGAAAGGGGAGAGUCAGAAUGGAGGGGAGAUGCAGGGGAAAGUGCACAUUUUCAGCUUGGAAGGGGGCUUGCCUAAUGCAGUUCUCACCCGUAGCUGAAUAGCGGUAGAAUUACAGAGGCUAGGGACAACAUAGGGUGUGCAAGUUUCUCUAACCUUUAGUCCCGCCCCCCAUCCACCAUCCAUCAUGUUUUCUGUGUGUCAGAUCUUGCCCUCGGUUAGACUGUAAUCACUCAUCAGUCAUUACUGUAGCGGAAGGGCAGAGACGAGACCGAUGACCCCUCACCGCCGCUGCCGGCUGGACACAGCAGAGCCCAGCCGCAUGCUCUACUGCACAACAUACUGAGCGUGUCAGGAGGGUGCUGAACACUGAGGCCUAUUCCGCCUGCUUUACCAUCAGUAUCACAGGUGAAAUCUGUCUCUCCUGCGUGGUCCUCAGUGCCUGUUGUGGUUAUGGGUCUCC